AUUCAAUUAUUUGUUUGAAUAGGUUGUUUAUUUAUUUAGUUUUGAAUUAACUGAAAACGCAGAGGUAUCAGAGCGGAAGAGAGAGAGAGGGAGAGGGAAGGGAGAGGGAGAGGAAGAGGAAAAAUGAUACGAGUGGUGAUAAUGGGUUGUGGAGGUGUAGGGCGGCAGCUCAUUCAUCACAUCAUGAACACCCGAACAACUCUUUAUGUCUCCCGGGGAAUACGUAUAGCAGUGGUAGGUGUUUGUGACAGUCGGUCACUCAUACUGGCUACAGGUGUUCCAGAUGGAGAGUUAAGUGAUGGAUGUUUAGAGAAAAUCUGUCACUUGAAAUCUUCUGGUUCUCCUCUAUCAGAAAUGAAUUUAAUAGAUGGGUUUGUGGUAUAUGGGGACUGUGAUGUGAUCACCAAGUUGUCAGAUAUUGCAAAGUCUAUGGGUCAAUCAACUGGUUUGACUUUUGUUGACUGUUCUGCUAGUGAUGAAACCGUUGAUUUGCUGAACAGGGUUUUAGAUAUUGGUUGCUGUGUUGUUUUAGCCAACAAAAAGCCACUUACAAGAAACAUUGAUGUUUAUGAAAAAAUUGCUUCUAAGUGGCGACAUCUUCGUUUUGAGUCAACGGUUGGAGCAGGUUUGCCUGUCAUAGUCACCUUGAAUCGUUUAAUAGCAUCUGGUGAUCCUGUGAAUCUCAUCACGGGUGCUCUUAGUGGUACACUUGGAUAUGUAAUGAGUGAACUACAAGGAGGGAAGCCUUUUAGUGAAGUUGUUCAAGCAGCCAAAAUCCUAGGUUUUACUGAACCAGAUCCACGUGAAGACCUAAGUGGUAUGGAUGUGGCAAGGAAGGGAUUGAUCUUAGUUCGGUUGCUUGGGUGGCGAAUAAACUUGGAGGAUAUUGAGGUGGAAAGCCUCUUCCCUUCUGAAAUGGGGCCAGAAUCUAUGUCAGUUGAAGAUUUCUUAUGCAAAGGCCUCCCAACACUUGAUGAGACAAUGGAAGAGAGAUUUAAGAUUGCUGCUUCAAAUGGCAAUGUCAUCCGCUAUGUUUGUACAAUUGGCAAUUCGAGGUCUCCUUAUUGGCAAGGCAUGGUAGAUUCCAUAACCAUUUGUGGUGCGGGGUUUAAAGCCCCUACCGAUGCUGAGUUAAGUGGCCCCCUCUUGUUACAAAUGGUUGAGGAUAUGAAAGUUGAGCUAGAGGACCACCGACAGUCUUGGAGCCAAAAGGGUUGCACCAUCAUGAUAGAUGGUUGGACGGAUAGGAGGAAUAGAACACUCCUAAAUUUUCUUGUUUCCUGCGGAGGAUCCACCAUGUUCUUGAAAUCUAUUGAUGCUUCCUCACAUGUGAAAAAUGCCACAUACUUAUGUGAGGCAAUUGAGGAAGUCAUACAAGAGGUGGGGGAAGAAAAUGUGGUGCAGGUGGUGACAGAUAAUGCAGCAAGUUAUGUUGCUGCAGGUAAACUUUUGAUGGAGAGGCACCCGAAAAUUUUUUGGUCUCCUUGUGCGGCCCAUUGCCUUGACCUCAUGUUGGAGGAUAUUGGUAAGCUUGAAUGGGUGAAAUCAAUAGUUGAAAGGGCCAAAAAUAUCAGCAAGUUUAUCUACAAUCAUGCAUUGGUCCUUAGCAUUAUGAGGCAAUACACGGGGCAAAAGGAGUUGGCUCGUCUUGGUAUCACGAGGUUUGCCUCAAACUUCCUCACACUGAAAUCCUUGAUAAAAUCAAAGGCGGCUUUGAGGCGUAUGUUUGUUGGUGAGGAGUGGACUUCCUCAUCCUAUGCUACGACCACUGCAGGGAUAGAUGUGGUAAAUUGCAUUUUUGAUGAGCCAGGUUUUUGGAGCCCCUGUGGAGAAACCGUGCAGGUCACUGAGCCCCUCGUAGUUCUCCUACGAGUUGUUGAUGGGGAGAAGCCCUCUAUGGGCUAUAUAUAUGAGGGUAUGGAUAGGGCCAAGGAGGCCAUUAGGUCCAUAUAUGCAAGAGAUGAGGAUAAGUAUGGCCCCAUUUGGGAGAUUAUUGAUAGGAGAUGGCAGAACCAGCUUCACAGGCCCAUCCAUGCAGCAGCCUAUUACCUCAAUCCGGCAUUUCGAUUCCGUGAUGACUUCAAGGUAGAUGAGGAGUUUCUUAGUGGCCUGUAUACAGUGGUUCAAAAGUUGUGUACUGAUGGCACAGCCUCAAGUACAACGCUCCAGCUGGAUAAAUAUAAUAAUCGAGAAGGGGCAAUCUUCUCAAGCAGCAUGUGCAUAGAGGCUCGAACACAAUUGCAGCCAGAUAGAUGGUGGCAAAUGUUUGGGCCCUCAACCCCAAACCUUCAAAAAAUUGCCAUCCGUAUUUUGAGCCAGCCAUGCAGCGCUUCUGGAUGUGAGCGCAAUUUGUCCAUGUUCGAGCACAUCCACUCGAAGAGGCGUAAUAGAUUGUCUGUGGAGAGGUUGAAUGAUCUUGUUUUUGUUCAUUACAACCUCCGUCUUAGGACCAGACAGAUUUUGGACACUGACUCCUCUCCGAUCACUUUAGCGGAGAUCGAUCCAGAGUCUGAGUGGAUCACUGAGUCUACCGAUCCCGUCUUCACUGAGGAGGACCAUGAGUGGGUUGACCAGGCAGACAGAGAGGCUGAGGCUGUGGCUAUGGCAGAGGAGGAGGAUAGAGCACGAUCCGACACAGGCACCUCACGGGUAGAGACUAUGGCUUCUCAGUCAUCCAAGACCUACCUUAGACGCAUUUGUAGGAGGCAGACAGGCUACUCUGAGGCUGAGGAUGAGCUAGAGCCUGAGCCAUAGACUUGUUUUUGUUUACAGUUAUAUAUAUGUUUGGGAACAUUUGAUGUCAUGGAUUUUAUAUACAUUUGACAACAUUUAUAACUCUAUAUAUCUAUGUUUUCUAUUUCCUUCA